AUGAUGAUCGCUGUGCUUAUUGUGCCGUUCUGUAUGGGACUGACUUUGGCACUGCAGGGAGGGUUUCAGAAGCGUGAUGUCUGGGAGGUCAAUGCUGUGAUGUCGUGUGGUACUUAUGUGACGAGGCUCGGUUGGGAGUAUACCAGUAUGGGGCCCUCUUUCUACGAGCCCAUAUGCAACUACGAGCCAGCAAUGGGUACGUGGGUUGGUUGCAUACACGAUGUAAUAUUUGAAGACAGGAAGAUGGACGCGAGAGCAUUCGAAAGAAGUUUCAAUGCUGUGCAAAAGAUUUGCAAACUGGUGAGUUUCACUAACACCACGAGUCAAUUCCCCAUGAUCGCAGACAAGUUCACUAACAUCACUGAGUUUUAUCAAACACUGACCAACGCUUCACUCUUCCUGAACAAUAACAGAAGUGAUAGGCCUGUGGGCAGCAUUGACAGGCUGACUUACCCGAUAACAAUCGAUGAAUCGAUAAGGACCAAGAACUUGUUCGCAUACCACGCGCACAGCUAUAAUUUGGAUAGAUCAAACACUUUUGGUGCAGUGAUAAAUUAUUACUUCUUGAUUGUCAUGGCAUUGUUGGCAAUUGGGAAUUUUUUCAACCAUAUUGGGCUGGAUCAAAGGAGAAACCUCUUUUUCAAAUUCUUCAAUAAGAUCAAGGGAUCAUACCUGGUACCAGCUAUCUUCAAAGGUAAGCAUGCCCAGUACCUAAGGGGUAAGAAGUUUUGCGUUAGCUACUGUGCACUGUUACCAUCAAGAAUAGAGUUCAUCAUUCUGUUGGGUUAUGCGAUAUUGCAUACAGUUUUACUCUCCUACGAUUACAUAAUCGACCCGAACAACGUCUUGUUUAAGUCAAAAAAUUUACAGUUGGUACGAUACUUCGCUGAUAGAACAGGUAUCCUGGCGUUUGCUCAUUUCCCCAUAAUUAUCAUCUUCUCUACUAGAAACAAUAUCUUUGAAUCGCUAACAGGGUUGCACUACAGUUCAUUCAUAGCAUUUCAUAAAUGGUUGGGCAGAUUCAUGACAUUAGAUGCUAUUCUGCACUCAGUAUUUUACGUCAUUUAUUCCCUGUGUUAUCACACGUUCGAAAAUUCAAGAAAACAAGCAUACUGGCAAUUCGGUACUUUCGCAAUUGUCGCACUCAUUAGCAUCUGCAUAUUCUCUUUGGCUUAUAUGAGAAUUCAUUAUUACGAGACAUUUUUAAUCUUGCAUAUUAUAUUAGCGGUUCUCCUAUUUAUCUGCUGUUGGAAGCAUGUAGAAAAAAUAGGCUGGGGCCAAUGGCUCUGCUUUGCUAUAUUUUUCUGGGUAGUCGAGAAAUUGACUAGGGUCUACAAAUUGUGCACUUUCGGAGUACGUACCGCUAAACUCAAACUAUUCUUCGAUGAUGUAGGUGCACCAGAAUAUGUUCAAGUCACUAUUUACAAAGGCGAGAAGCUCAAGAAUUGGAACGCAAAGGCAGGACAAUACGGCUUCGUUUACUUCUUAAUACCCAGAUUCUUCUGGCAAUCUCACCCAUUCACUAUUGAGGAUGAUGGUGAUUACCUCAGAAUCGUGAUUAGACCCAAGGACGGAUUGACUAACAAACUUGUCAACUAUGUUCUGAAGAACGGUGUGGAUGGUGAGAUGUCUGUUUGGCUAUCCAUCGAAGGUCCAUAUGGCUGUUCUUUACCUCUAAAGCACUAUGAUGAUGUCAUUUUGGUAUCAGGAGGAAGUGGUAUACCGGGUCCAUUGGCUCAUGCGAUAGAGUGCUUACCAAUGGUGAAGACAUCUGCUUCCAAAUUCGUAGAGCUUGUUAUUAUUGCUAGAGAUACUAACAUUUUAAAGGCAUACGCUAAGGACCUUCUGAAGUUGAAAAAUUCACCGGUUACCGUAACUUUGUAUCUAACAACAAAGUACAAUAACCACAGGAUACAGAAAUUUGAUGUGCCAGAUUCAUCUACACCUUUGCUACAGGAAUCUUCCUCGAUGCUUGUAGAGUUGUUGUCUUUCAUUCCUAUACAUUACGGUCGGCCCAACAUAGCUAAGAUUAUAGAUGGCCAUUGCAAGGAAAAGACAAGAUCUCUUGCUGUGGUCACUUGUGGACCACCCGUUUUGGUUGACAAUAUCCGCAGCCAUUGUGCUGAAAGAAUGGCCAAUUCUGAAACUACCAUUGGCUACUUCGAAGAGUUUCAAUGCUGGUAA